AUGAGGUUUUAUCUCAUGAACUUUAAAAGAGUAAAGCCAAAUAUUUUCUUAUCAAACCAAAGUAGACUAAUUUUCAGUAUAUAUGAAAUGAUGUCCACUGAUGACGGCAGCAGUAUCUGUCCAAAGAUCACUAUAGUUCCACCCUGCUUGAAAAGCAGCACAACCGCACUGAUUGAUCAGAAUGCAUCUGAUGAAGAGGCUCAGGGAAUAAAUGGGAAAACGCCAGCAAAACACUUAGCUGCAAGUCCAAAGCCACAAGUGCCUCCAAAGCCACUACACCUGCAGAAUUUACCUUCAACCAAUAUUCACCAAACUCCUAGGCAUAAAGCUUUAUCUAGUGCAAAACCAAGGAUGGAGGAAGUUAAACCUGCCUCUGCUUGUGUCUCAAAGGAAAAGCCCAGUAAGGUAUCAGAUCUCAUCAGUCGCUUUGAAGGAGGCAGUGCUUUAUCAAAUUACAGCGAUUUGAAAAAAGAUUCUGCUAUGAACCUAAAUGCUCCUAGAACCCCAGGAAGGCAUGGAUUGACAGCCACACCUCAGCAGAAACUCCUCUCCCAGCACUCACCACAGAAGCAGGGAAAUGGUACAGAUCAAUCUCAGGGUGAACAGACUUGUGUGGCAAAUGGUAUGGUAACAGCACAAAACCAGACGGAAUGUGAGGAGGACAGAGCGGCCACUCUUAGCCCAGAUACUCCUAUUCAAACUUCUGAACCCUUGCCCGAUACAAACUUAAUGAAUGGGGAAAAACAAGAAACAGCCACAGGCCCGGCAUCACCCACAACAAAUAACUGUCAUGAAGAUCCUUCUGACAGUAGCUGCAGGACUUUACAUGCCAGCCCGGUGCUCCCACUGGAAGAAGAAAGGACAGAUACAGAAGCCAAGGUACAAGAGAGGGAAAGUGAAGAAAGCCCCCUAGAACUGGAACAACUGGACCAGCACCAUGAGAUGAAGGAGACUGAUGAGCAAAAACUUCACAAAAUAGCCAAUGAACUUUUGCUUACAGAAAGAGCUUAUGUCAGCCGACUUGAUCUCUUAGAUCAGGUAUUUUAUUGCAAACUAUUGGAAGAAGCAAAUCGAGGUUCAUUUUCAGCAGAGCUGGUGAAUAAAAUCUUUUCUAAUAUUUCAUCAAUAAAUGCCUUCCAUAGUAAAUUCCUAUUGCCAGAGCUGGAGAAAAGAAUGCAAGAAUGGGAAACUACCCCUAGAAUUGGUGACAUCCUUCAGAAAUUGGCACCAUUCCUUAAGAUGUAUGGAGAAUAUGUGAAGGGAUUUGAUAACGCAAUGGAAUUGGUUAAAAACAUGACAGAGCGUAUUCCCCAGUUCAAAUCAGUAGUUGAAGAAAUUCAGAAACAGAAGAUCUGUGGGAGCUUGACUUUGCAGCAUCACAUGCUGGAACCCGUUCAGCGCAUUCCCCGGUACGAGAUGCUCCUUAAGGACUACCUAAGGAAAUUGCCCCCUGAUUCUCCGGACUGGAAUGAUGCUAAAAAAUCACUUGAAAUUAUAUCUACAGCAGCAAGCCAUUCUAAUAGUGCAAUAAGAAAAAUGGAAAACCUAAAGAAACUCUUAGAGAUUUAUGAAAUGUUGGGAGAAGAAGAAGACAUUGUAAAUCCUUCAAAUGAAUUAAUAAAAGACGGACAGAUCCUCAAACUAGCUGCUCGGAACACAUCAGCACAAGAGCGCUACCUUUUCCUAUUCAACAACAUGUUGUUAUACUGUGUGCCAAAAUUCAGCUUGGUGGGCUCUAAGUUCACUGUUCGAACCAGGGUAGGCAUCGAUGGAAUGAAAAUUGUAGAGACUCACAAUGAAGAAUAUCCACACACUUUCCAGGUAUCUGGGAAAGAGAGAACACUGGAACUGCAAGCCAGUUCUGAGCAAGACAAAGAAGAAUGGAUCAAGGCACUUCAAGAGACUAUUGAUGCUUUCCAUCAGAGGCAUGAAACUUUCAGAAAUGCAAUUGCCAAGGAUAAUGAGAUUCACUCAGAGGUUUCUACUGCUGAGCUAGGGAAAAGAGCUCCAAAAUGGAUCCGAGAUAAUGAAGUUACCAUGUGUAUGAAAUGCAAGGAGUCUUUUAAUGCCCUGACAAGAAGAAGGCAUCAUUGUCGAGCAUGUGGACAUGUGGUUUGUUGGAAGUGUUCUGAUUAUAAAGCUCAACUUGAGUAUGAUGGUGGUAAAUUGAGCAAAGUCUGUAAAGACUGUUAUCAAAUAAUAAGUGGAUUCACAGACAGUGAAGAAAAGAAAAGGAAAGGAAUUUUAGAGAUUGAAUCAGCGGAAGUAUCUGGAAACAGUGUGGUGUGCAGCUUUCUGCAGUAUAUGGAAAAGUCAAAACCUUGGCAGAAAGCUUGGUGUGUGAUCCCCAAACAAGACCCUCUCGUGCUGUACAUGUACGGUGCUCCCCAGGAUGUCAGAGCCCAGGCCACCAUUCCACUCCUGGGCUAUAUUGUGGACGACAUGCCAAGAAGUGCAGACCUGCCACACAGCUUCAAACUGACCCAGUCUAAGUCUGUGCACAGCUUUGCUGCCGACAGUGAGGAACUGAAACAGAAGUGGCUGAAAAUCAUCCUUUUAGCUGUCACAGAAAUGUUAGUAUCAGAAGAGAAUUUCUGCUUAUCCAGUCACCGUUUUCACAUUCCACAUGUUCUUUUGUCAGGCACAAAGAGAAGCAAUGAAGCAGCUUUGUUUUCACUAAUGCUUUUACUUGGAAAAAGGCAAAGGAAUACUUUUAGCCAUUUAGAAACACUCAACCAAAAGACCUCAAAAUGCACCUAAUUGAUUAUAAGAGUAAUGUCUUUGAUUUUUGAAACACCUGAGCUGUCAUAAUAAAUUGAGCCUAGAAAAGCAAUUGAUUGUUUUACUAUUAAAACAACAUUCCAUAAGAGCCUUAUUCUUUAUUUUCUUCUAAGUCAUUUUUUAACAUGCCCUUCCUUCAGACUUAACAAAAAUUACUUCUUUGAUUAAAAACUACUAUUUAUUAUAAAACAUUCCAGUUUUUUAAAUAUAAGUUUUGCUUUAUUGAAAGUCUAUGAUUUGGUAUAUUGAAUAUGAAAUGUAGUGCAGACUUAUCUUCAGGUUUUAAGUGGGACCCAAAAAUGAAAAAUGUCACCAGCCACUUUUGUGACAGUGGCAUCUAUAAUGCCAUCAUGUAUACAAGCAAUAAAAUUUUACAGGGUAGGAUUUUAUACUGAAAUUUUAAUGUGAACAUUCCUAGCCACAAGGAUAUAGAGAGCUAACUUCUAAGAGUGAUACUGUAAUUUGAAUUGCUCUUUUUAAGGAAAAGAAAGUAUAUGUGGCAGGGUUUGGGGUAGGGACAACAGUAUUCUUGGGAUUCAAGUAACCAUCAAAAGCCUUUUUAUUUUUGCAAAGGGUCUGGAUGGUUAAAAAAAAAAACAGUUAAAGCACAUCUGCACAACUUCAUCAGGUUACAUUUCAUUUUCCAUGAAGCUUAAUGUAGAUUGGUAUACUUAUAUUUACUGGCUAAAGAAAAUCCCAAUUUUUAAAACUUACCAAACCUUUUAUUGUCUUCUUUGUGGAAACAGGAUUUGUCCUCCUCUGAAUUUUAGAUCUCAUUUUUGAUUAUACCCAAAGCCUUAAGUUCUUAUUCUGAGCUCAUUGUCUGUAAUAACUAUAAUAAUGAUCUUUCUGGGCUGAGUAUAUCCUGAGGAAAAGGUAACAAUAUGAACAAAUAAAUUUCUAGGGAGCAAAAGGUUUUUGUUGUUGUUUUGUUGUUUGUUUUGCAGGUAUUCUUGCUAUAUUGCAGAAUAGAAAAAUUUUUUUACAUUAUAUAAUGUUCCUGUUAGCACCUCUAAGAUUAAAAGCACAUGGUAUAUAUAAGCUAAAAUUAAUUCAAAAAGCAAAAAUAUCUUAAUGUCUUCAUUCUUAAAUUUUGUAUUCUUUAAGAAUAUAUUAAUAUGAAAUCUGUGACUAAUGUGUUCUUAUUCUUAGGGCUAUAUUGAACAUCUGUAGUGAAUCAUGCUACUUUUUCAUCCUCAUCCAAUUUUAGUAGAAUCAAAUUGCUUUUUAUUGUAAUACUAUUAUUUACUAUAGAGUCUCCAGAUUUAGAAAAUAGGAGUAUGAUGUAGAAAGACUACUAGAUAUACUUUUGAAACCCUUUCUGUGAGUUUCUGCAUUCAGGUAUAUAUUAAAAGCACUAUUGAUUUCAAAUUCUGUUUUUCCAUCGGAAUAAAAUUUUUAUAGAAAGUAUUCUUUUUAACUUAAAUAUUUUAACAUAAAUUAUAUACAUGAAAUUUUAGUAAAAUCUAUUCUUAUGUAUGCCCUGUAAUCAUGUUGUCAUGAGAAGAUAACUUUGCUUUCUUUACUGAUAUGGCAGAGAGGAAUAUUAUUAGGAACUGAAACAAGCAAGCAUGGACAGAAAGGUGGACAGAAAGAGACCCAUGGUCUCCAAAUCAGAGCAAUAUAGCUAAGGUAAAUGAAAGUUACUUAAACCGCAGGGGGGUAUAAACUGUAAGAUGCAAAUCUGUAAUUGCACUCUCAUGGAUCUGUUGCACCUGGGCCUUUCACCGUGACCUCCAAAUUAUAUCAUUAGUAUCUUGUCAUUGGGCUUCCCAGGUGGGUCAGUGGUUAAGAAUCCAUCUGCUAAGCAGGAGAUGUGGGUUCAGUCCCUGGGUCAGGAAGAUCCCCUGGAAAAGGAAAUGGCAACCCACUCUAGUAUUCUUGCCUGGGAAAUCCCAUGGACAGAGGAGCCUGGUGGGCUGUGGCCUAUGGUGUUGCAAGAAUCAGACACAACUUAGCAACUAAACAGCAACAAUCAUAUUGCUUUCUUUUUCUUUUAGACUUAAUAAUAAUAAUACUGUUGGACCAUUUUCUGCACUGUUUAAUGACAAAAAAAAAUCACUCUAAAGUCAGUCAUGGUCUGUCUUCUACUUUUUGGACUGAACAUUUGGCAGGAAACAGUGUCUUUUCUGUCUUUUGAAAUGAAAUAGCACAUCGCUUCUACAAGAUAGUUAACUCAUUGUGAGUCACUGAGAGUUAAACGAUGUUUACCCAUUCCUAAAAUUCAUUAUAGAUUGAAUUAGUGAGAUUAGGUAGACUAGUGAUAAAUUAAAUCAAGAAAUAUUGUAGCAUAUUUGAAUAAGUGAAUACCAAAUACAUAGAGUGAGAUAUAUAUACAUUAAUAUAUAGGUUUGGGAAAAGACAUAAUAGUCUAUGGGACCAUUAUGAUAACAGAAUUGCAUUAUAUAGUACAUAUUAUAUGGAUGUUGGAAUGUAUCACUUGGGGAAGGUCUCCAUCAGCAAUCAUAUCUGUAUAUAAAAUUUGGGGGGAUUUUAUUUGUUUAUUUUACAAACUAGCAUUUCAUUUUGUGAGUGACAAUUGACUGUUAUUUUUGAAUAAGUGCUGUCUGGGUUUUUGAAUUGUUGAAUGAUGAAUUUGAAAAGGUAUGUUAGCAAAAUUUUAGAGUUAACUCAAAUGUGAAAAAGUGUACACAAAAAGUAAAUUUUCUUUUCUAGCUGUAUGAAUGUAAAAUACUUGCAGAUAGUGUAUAUAUUGUGUAAAUAUGUAUAUUUGGUCAGAGAGCUGGAAACAUUGUAAAAUUAAGCACUUUAAUUCUUAUUAAAUAAACACUUGUAUCUUGUAAAUAAAUACAUCCUUGAAUGAAA